UUUCGUUUAUGAUACAGUGCUUUAACGAAGUUUAAAUACAUUCAACGGGAAUUUUUUUUUUCAAUGUGAACUCCACAUAAAAUUAUAUUAGUGAAAAAUUACUAGAAGUAAUAAACUAUCAGAAGUUCCACGUAAACAUUCUACACGUUUCCUGAAAAUGUAAUCUAUGUAUUUGUUCUCUGAUCAGAACAUCACGAUGGAUACUAAUUACCGAAACAAUAUUUCAAAAUGGUUAUCCUCUCAAGAUUCGGGUCCCGUGAAACGGUCCGUGGCUGGACUUCGAUUGAUAGAUUCUAUGAAUCGUUACGCUAAUAACGUGAUUUCUACUCUCCAAAACAUGGAAAGUUUCACCUUCUACGAUGAACAGAUCUUGGGACCUUGGAUCGAUGAAUUGGGUCAGCUACUACAGAGUUACAGGAAAAUAAUUCGCCUUCCAGAACCUUUACACAGGAUCGUGAAAUAUAAAUUCAAUUAUUCGUCCUUGGUUUUGAAAAGUGGAUUCAAAGUAACAGCGAAAUUCUUAGACACCCUCUUGCAAGAGGUCGUUAUACGCAGGACCGAUGCUUUUUUACAAAAAAUUUUCAGAUUGAUUAUUCAGUACAAUAGUCUAUUUGACUUGAACAAUUGCGAUGCAGACUUAUCGAUAAACUUAUGCUUUAAUGAUUGUCCACCAAUGCUGACAAUUUUGAAAAAAGUGUCGAUCACACAUCUCCUACAGGUAUCAGCAAAAAACGAUGCAGAAAAAUACUGUCAUGAUCUGAUAGACUGUUUAUUGGCUAAUUACGAUAUCGACUAUGAAGAAAAGGUAGCGUCUCCUGAAUCAGCCGACGUCGAAAUCUCCGAAAAUUCCAGUGUCGAAAUUUACAGGGCACUGACAAAGCAUAUGAUACUACCAGUUAUGAAGGAUUCAGUGGCUGAAAUAAUCACAUCAAAUAGUGAAACUAUUGAAACUCUUGUGAAUAUGCAAUAUGGAUAUGUAAAUGUCGUACUGAAUGUUGCAAAAGAUUUCGCAUCACAAUUAUUGGGAUAUGACUGCUUGAAGAGGACUGAAGGUGGAGUAAAAUUAAAAACAAAGGCAAGGAAUAAGAUAUUUGUAUAUUAUCAAGAAGUUACGUGGGGUGCAGUUUCGACCGUAUUGGAUCAUGUAAUAUUAUGGUGGUCUCCUGAGGCACUAGCACCUCGACACAUUGAAGGGGUUCAUCACCUUAAAGAUUGGCUACAUCAGUUCAUUCAGGAUAUAAAUGUCCGAAACGAUUGUUCGAACAUUUUGUUUUUCUCCCUUCAACCCUCGUUAAAUUCAUCACUGUGCCUCGUUAAUAUCUGAACAAUUCGACAGCCCGAGGCAUCAUUCGGAAAACGACGUGUAAAAACAAACUUCCUUUUAUGUAA